AUGACGACACUGAACAAUAAUCGCACUAUCUUCUCUCGGCCCGAAGACUGGAAACGAUUCAACACUGAACACCAGACUAAAGCCGUAGCCUUUGACCUCUGGGAUUACAUCAAUCCAGAAGACAAGGUUACUUGGCCGACAAAGCCAGAAGAACCCUCAUACGCCAAUUACCCGAAGAAGCUCGGCCGAGGAACGAGAACAUCAAGUUCGAUAACCGUCGGUGGAGAAGAAGAAUCGGUCGACCCGAAUAGAACGCCAACAAAUACCAUGGAAAUGACACAGAUUGGGAGAUCGGCAUAUACCCAGAAUUGGAAUCACUACACCCACAAGAGCAGGGAAUACACAGAACAUCGAAAGAACGUCAAAUCUAUGACCGAUUGGAUGCUGAAUACCAUUCAACAACCAUACCGAGCAACAAUCUACAAGGCCACGAAAAAGAUCGACCAGUGGUAUAAGGAUCUCCAGGACAUUGGGGACGUAUAUACAUCCCGUCAGAAGCCGGAGGCUCGAAACCGAUACCGACGGGCGACGACACAUCUCACGAGAUGCCGAAAGACCUGGGUGCAUGGAUAUCGCAAUGGGAAACUGCCGUUGCAUAUGCUAUAA